UUCCGUCCACCCCAUGCCCCCCCAGCUCCCCUUGGCUAGUUGUUGGAGGUCUGGCCGAGCCUGGGGCACAAGGGGGCGUCCAGGAAAAAGGGAGGGGGGCCUCGCGAGACCCCUCACGCGUCCCGGACCGCGGCGCUGAAUCACCGGCGAGGUAUUUGCAUCUGAGAGCGAUUUGUCACCCGGUGAUUUGUCUGCGGGGCGGUUUCCACAAACACCCGAAUGAGCAGGACGUCAGCCACUGCCCCCCGCUGCCUCGCGUGAGGAGGAGGCAUGCCCCCUCAGCCUUCAGCCUGAGACCAGUGGCCCUGCCCUACACUACCACCCUUGCCACCCUGCACUGUCCCGGCUCUCCCGCGGCCCCCACGCUGCAGUGCGGCCGGGCCCCCUCCCCGCAGGGGCCGCCCCCACCUCCCACCCGUAGUGGCCAGGGUGGUGGAGGUCCGGCCCGCAGGGCCAUGAAGCUACAGGCUGUGAUGGAGACGCUCUUGCAGCGGCAGCAGCGGGCACGCCAGGAGCUGGAAUCCCGGCAGCAGCCACCUGUUGACACCUCUGCUGGAUCUGCAGCCCGACCUCGGGCUGCUGUGGAUGUGGACAGAGAGCCCGAGAAUGCACGAAUGCAGCGGGCCCAGAUGGCUGCAUUGGCAGCCAUGAGGGCAGCAGCUGCGGGCCUUGGACAUUCACCCAGCCCUGGUGGCUCAGAGGAUGGGCCCACAGGCUUGGAGCAUGAGGACGCUGCCCGAGAGGGAGUACCAGGCUCACCUACCCUGCCUAGCCGAGGCAGGGAAGGGCCAGGAGAAGGGCACUUCGAAGACCUGGGCUCUGAUGAGGACCUGAAGCCAAAAUGGGAAGAGGAAGAGGAGCUUGAAGAAGACCUGGCAGAGGAGGAAGAAGAGGAGGAAGAGGAGGAGGAUUAUGAGGAAGAAGAGGAUGACGAGGGCCUGGGGCCUCCGGGCCCUGCCAGACUGGGCUCUGCUGCCUUGUUUGCCCGAAAGGCUCAGCCACCUCAGGUCUUCCGUGGUGAUGGCCUUCCCAGAGCUCUGGGGAGUCAGGAGAGGCAGGGGUCUGGCUCUGCCCACUCUGGGGGGGCCACCCAUGUGGCCCCCCAGCUACAGCCACCCGACCAUGCGGACUGGACCUACGAGGAACAGUUCAAACAGCUCUAUGAACUUGACGGGGACCCCAAAAGGAAAGAAUUCCUGGACGACCUAUUCAGCUUCAUGCAGAAGCGAGGGACGCCUGUGAACCGUAUCCCCAUCAUGGCCAAGCAGGUCCUUGACCUAUUCAUGCUGUAUGUCCUGGUGACAGAGAAGGGAGGCCUUGUAGAGGUCAUCAACAAGAAGCUGUGGCGUGAGAUCACCAAGGGCCUCAACCUGCCCACAUCCAUCACCAGCGCUGCCUUCACCCUGCGCACCCAAUACAUGAAGUACCUGUACCCCUACGAGUGUGAGAAGCGGGGUCUCAGCAACCCCAAUGAGCUCCAGGCAGCCAUAGACAGCAACCGGCGGGAGGGCCGGCGUCAGAGCUUCGGGGGCUCCCUGUUUGCUUACUCACCGGGUGGGGCACAUGGCAUGCUCUCCUCGCCCAAGCUGCCUGUGUCCUCCCUGGGCCUGGCUGCCAGCACCAACGGCAGCUCUAUCACCCCAGCCUCUAAGAUCAAGAAAGAGGAGGAUUCAGCCAUCCCCAUCACGGUCCCUGGCCGCCUGCCUGUGUCCCUCGCAGGCCACCCUGUGGUUGCAGCCCAGGCAGCAGCAGUGCAAGCAGCAGCUGCCCAAGCAGCUGUGGCAGCACAGGCAGCUGCUCUGGAGCAGCUUCGGGAGAAGCUGGAGUCUGGGGAGCCUCCUGAGAAGAAGAUGGCCCUGGUAACUGACGAGCAGCAACGGCUCAUGCAGCGAGCUCUGCAGCAGAACUUCCUGGCUAUGACAGCCCAGCUGCCAAUGAGCAUACGGAUCAACAGCCAAGCCUCCGAGAGUCGCCAGGACUUAGCUGUGAACUUGACUGGCACCAACGGCAGCAACAGUAUUAGCAUGUCUGUUGAAAUUAAUGGCAUCAUGUACACAGGAGUGUUGUUUGCUCAGCCACCAGCCACCAUGCCAUCCUCGGCUUCCAACAAAGGCAGCGGUGGAGGUGGCAGUGGUGGCGGUUGCAGCAGCAGUGCUGGUGGCGGCGGGAGCAGCGGGAGCAACACAGGCAGCCGGGGAGGAAACAGCGGGACCAGCAGCAGUGCGGGAAGCCAGGCUGGGCCAGGAGGGUCGUCUGCAACCCCCAUAUCUUCUACCUCAAAUAACUCUACAUUGCCUUAACCGCCUCACUCCCCACCUGCCACCCCCUAGGAGCCCGCCAGACUGGGAUCAAGGGGAUCAAGUGGGCCAGGCAGGGGACAGGAUGGCGGAAGAUACAUACGGGUGGGGAGGGAAGAUAUCCACAGAGGAGCCACAGCUGACGCCAAAAAGAAAAGAAAAAAAAAUACAUAUAUAUAUACAUAUAUAUAUACACACAUAUAUAUAUAAAGGAAAUUUAAUAAAACAGGGGAAAACCAAGGAACACUUGAAUUUCUCAGGUUUUGGACAUUCAGAGAGAUGAAUUGUGAGGACAGCAAAGGAAAUUAAAACACAGAAAGAGGCAGGUAUUUCCUAGGGUUUUCCUGAGGUCCUGGUGAACUGAAGGCUCUGGUGUCUACUUAGGACCAGCUGCAAUGUCAGGCCAAUCCUGUUUACCUCAUACACCCCUGUACUGUGUGUUUUCAUUUUUGUCUGGUUUUCUUUUUUUCUUUUUAUUUUUUUUUUAUUCCUCACACACUCACCACUCCAAGCUCUUUGUGUUGAAUGAAACCCCUGAACUGAGAUCACUGAAUUUAUUUUUUUUUCUUGUUGCUUUGGGAACUUUUUCUUUUUAAAGUAAUAGUGACAUUCAGACUCUAUGGGGACUUUUUAAUAAGUUUCAGGGGUUUUGUUUUGUAAAUAUUCUAUUUUAUUCUUAGGGGAGGGAAUCGAACCUUAGGAAAAGGUUAUCUAUAUAUCUGUAUACAUGUGUUCAUUCAGGGAAACCUAACUUAAAAAAGCAAAAACAAGACAAAAAAGUGAUAACCUUUUUAUUUUUCCCAUGACUGAUUUGGGUUCCUUUGUUCCUGGGUUCCCUGGGGUGCAUUGGACAGCGCCCAGGACGCUGGAUCCCUGGGGCUGGAGCCAUGGAUGUGAUGAACUCAGGUGCUGUGGGCCAGGCAGGCAGGGUGGGAGGUACAUGCGUGGGGUCUGUGAGGGGCUGGGGGGAUGGUGGGGUGAUGUUGAUUGCUGACUGUGAUAUUCCAUGAUGCUUUUCCUUGUGCUGUGCUCUAUGCAGGGUCAGGCACUGGAGUCAGGGACCUGGAAGUCUUAACUAGAAAGUGCUGGAAACAGGGCCGGGAGUGUGGGAAGAGGCAUCUCUCAUCACAGCCCCCAGGUUCCUGUCUCAGGGAUGAAUAUAUGGGUGUCUUGGGAUUCUUCUCUUGCCUGGAAGGGCUGCUUUGGGGGAGUGUCAAUAUUGGGGAGUGGGGGUGAAGCUGGGUAUAGCUCAGGGUGGGGAUUUAAAGGCCAUGUCAGCCUAAACUCCCCCACCCCCAAACAUUCUUAGCUCCUUUUGUCUCUCCCCUCCCCUUUGUUGCAGGGCUAGAGCUCUCCAAAUUCCUCACGGUGACAAGACCUGCCCUCACCCUAUUUGUUGGGACUCCCCCAGGUUAGCAGAAAGUGGAGUUCAGGAUGCUGAGCUGGGUUUACUGUCUGAAACUCCAGAGACCUGCUCUAUGUUGGGCGAGGCUGUUGCAUCCUACAGAGCAGCACCUGGUUUUUCACUUCUCUUGGGGUGGAGGAGGAUUAACUCAGCUGUUCCCAGGAUAAUCCUGAAGUCCCUAAUUGGUCCCAGGGAGCCUAACAAGGCCUCCUCAGCUCCCCCACACCCCCACACCCCAGCCAGUUGCCUUGAAGAUGGGGGUGAGGGGGCAGUGGGUGGGAUCCUGAAACCACAGAGUCUAAAUUUGCAUUCCUAUCUGGCAGUAGUGUGUCUUUGAGGAAGGAACCCCUCUUUCUUUUCAGGUCUCAGGGUCACUGUCACACACUCCCUUUCCAGGAGGGGAGGUGAGCAUCCCAGGGGUUUCCUCUUGGUUUUUUCUUCUGAAACGUUCUCUCUGUCCCAUCUCCGGGACAGGGGCCUUGGCGGCACAAUUGUCCUGGGGAGGUAGGGAUCUUUUUGUCCUAUGACAUCUUGCCUGACUGUGAGAACCAUUUGGAUGCAUCCAGAUUUGGCCCCCAUGUCAGCCCUUCUCCCCUGCAAAGUUGGACACCUCUCAGGGCUCUCAAGUCACAUCAGGGCCCCUGUGCCAGGGGAAAUGCCUGCUGCACAUUUCUUUCUACCUCAGGUCUCACUUAAUGAUGCCAAAACCUGCACCCCUUGGGUGCCUCAUCUCCCUCCCAUGUGAUCCUCUGUCUGAGUGGGCACUUGGCCUAAGAGGCCAGGCUGGGCAGGGCCACAGGGUUGGAGCAUCUCUCUCAGACAGCAUGUGCUGUGGUGUAUGUAGGUCCCUCAGGGAUCCAGCCUCCUGGCAGCAGGUAGAUGGGGCUCUAACUCAGGGGACUAGGGCUGCUGUUGCAUUUAGCGAUAAUAGGGGCAGGUAGGCACAGGGGCUUAUGUCCUGUCAGCUUAGCUGACUCUAGCAGAAGUAGGUGGGCAGCAGUGGCCAUGCUGGCCUUGGAAUUGUGACGGGUCCUCACUGUGGUUUCUAGUGCUCCCAUUCAACUCCCUGCCACAUCUGUCUCCCAGGUCAGCUUUUUGGGGUGCACUUGGGCACCCCAUUAUGGAAACUGGGCUGAGGAAGGUGACAUGUUUCAGCUCCAAGGAGCCUGGAUGUAUGCAGCUGGUUUGGGGGUGAGGCCGCUUAACUGUGUGGCAGGUGGGAACCGUGCACACUCAGGGCUAAGAGGAGCUAAUGGCCCCCAGUCUGGAGAUUUUUGUGGAUAGGCUACUUCCAGGCUUCCUCAGGACCUUUGGGCUGGCCACAGGGCUACCUGGCUGUCUGCUGUCAGGACAGGUGGGAGGGUGGGGAUCAGGACAUUGGGGGUGGUUGGGUUAAUUUUUUAAUAAUUGUGCAUUUGUACAGUCACUUUUUUCUUUUACCAUUUUUGCCCACUUUGUUCCUUUUCUCCCCCCUAAUUUUGCUUUUGAAUUUUUUCCCCCUUAGCAAACAUAAAUUCAGUCUUUCAUUCUUGACAUGUGAAAUUUCAGUUUCUCUGGCGUGGGGACCACGCCUGAUCUCAGGUAAAAAAGGGAAAAAAAAAAAAACUUAAAAAAAAUAAAAAGGUAUAAACUACUCUCUACCUCUGGCUGGGCUCAGCCUGUCACGCCCUGGCUGUGGCUGGGUGGCCUGUAAUAAUUUCAGAUUCUGGAGAACAUUCAGGUAUUUGGGGGGGGAGGG